GCAACCCGUUUGGAACCGCUGAAAUGGAGCGGUGGCAGUCUCUGAUAGAGGUCUGUCCAGCGCCGCCAGACUUCAGAUUCUUUGGGAAAGCCAUCCAGACCGCGGGAGUCGUUUUGAAAGAGGAUCUAGCACCAUUCGAAACAGAAUGGAUCUUGCAAACUCUUCUGUACAAGCCAGUGGAGGUCAUUGGCAUAGUGCAAGACAAAUGUGCUGAUAAUGCAUGGUCUAAGGCCAUAGGAGACGUCUUCAGACUGUUUGCUGAUUUAGUGGGAUCAUGUGAGGAGUUGGAGCCACAUUUUGCUGAUGUUGUCACGUUAUGUCUGUUACCAUUCGACGCACAAACGCGCAAGUUGGCGAUUCAGUGCGCGACGCGUGUAGCUCGGGUGUCGGCAGAGGGCGCUCGCGACGUGUCCCGCCAUAUUGACAGCUUAGAACGGCUGACUACGUGUAGGGCUCCGCUGGCUGUGCUAGUUGGUACAAUUUGUGAAUAUCACCCCGCGGAAGUGACAGAGAAUAUCAACAGAAUAUGGCGGAUCUAUCUCAAUUUGUUGGACCACAAUAAAAAUACGGAUACGAUAACCCUGUCUCUCCUGCAAGGGAUUCUGGGUCUGUUCAAGCACUUUGGCAUGGAGUUGUCCACAGCUGAACUGAACGUGUUUUACGACAAGCUGGUUGGUGACUAUCUUCUCAUAUCCAGGUGUCAGGAAGUCUGUCUAAAAAUACUCACGCACCACGCUCGCCUUUUCCGCGAAAAGGUGUCAAUGGACGUGCGUACGCGCAGCUACUUGUGGAGCUGCGCACAGAAGUCGGCGCACGCGGUUCCUGCUUUAACCAGCAUGUAUGAAGCCUGUGCGGCCCUGGAUGAACAGCAGUUGCUGAGAAUCUGCACAACAGAGCUCCUCCCACAGAGUCAAUCUAGCGUCACCCAAGUGAAGUAUACGAGUCUGCGUAUCCUGACAUACAUACAGAGAAACUGUGGGUUGGCGUUAGAAAGGGACACAGUAAUUGAUGUCCACACUUUACAAUGCGAGCUGAGAAGCGGGAACGUGACUUACGAUGUCGCUGAAGCGGUAUCAUUCUGUCUUGACACAAAUAUACAGAACUGCGAGAAUCUCCUACAAACGGCUAUGUUAUUCUACGAUAACUUACCGUCCUCUAGGAGGAGAGAUAUUGUGGUACACGCCAUGUUAAAUGCGCCACAUGAUUUAAGAAAUACCGCAAUAACUUACUUAACAUCAGAGACGACGGUGGAUUCCGCAUCGCUGGAAAGGCACUCCCAUCUGUGGAGCGACCUAUUUGACACUGACAAGGGAAAUGACGUAAUAGUGAUGGAAAAAUCCAAAUAUGUUUUCCAAGAUUUCAUGAGUUACUGCAUUUUUGUCGUCGAAGCUUUUCUUGAUGACGGGACUGAGAAGCUCCCAGAAAGGCUGGCGAACCUGCUGACUCUGUUGUCACAAGUGCUCUCGAACCAUUCCAAAGAGGUCUACACAAGUGACAACUGCUCAGUACUCCUCCCAUUGCUGCUGCGGCUGUUGAAGGAUGCCCCAGAAGUGGCUAUCGUAGCGUCGAUCAGAUAUUGCAUGGGACACGUCGAUGAUGAGGGGUACGGCGCUGGUGGACAUUUGGAUUUGUUGAAGGAAGUCUGUCAGACAAUACGCAUAGACAGGUGUAAAGACGAAGCCUUGUUGUGUGAAUCAUGUUUGACGUUGAUCGAAGCACCCAUAGCCGCUGCGGAUGUUGACAACGUGCUUAAGGCGUUGCGGAUAAUAUUUGCAAGAAACGACGUGGAACCAAAACAUUUAACAAAAUCAUUGAAAAAAUUAGAGAACGUAAUUGUAACGAAAAUGUAUGAUUUGGAUGAUAUGUGCGAUAUAAUUCAACAAGUUGAAAAGCUCCAUUCACGAAAAGACUUAACAGGGAAGGAAGCGAGGAUUUUGCACAGAGAUGUCAUAUUAUUUUUGGGUAAAUUCGGCAAAACAGACAAAAACAACAACAAGAAAAUUGACAACACACUCCUUGUGAAGUUGAAAGAUAAACUCACUUUGAACAUCCCAAAUCCUGAGCAAGGCACCAGUUACAAGAUCAAUUUACAAAGGAUAUUACAAUUGGCUUUGGAACACGAGGACCCGGAAGCCUUGCACACUUUGCUUAUUAUAAUAAGUGCAAAUUUAUCAUCAAAGCAAGACCAGCUCCUCCAACUAGUGCUGGCUCGAGUGUGCCAUGCGCUUUGCAGGGUAGUCAGUCGAGGUUCGGAGGACAAGGCUGCCGCGAUUCGUACCGCUGUGAAUAUGUGCGCGACUGUACCAAGUGUUCAGGCUAUUUUAUUGUUCAUAAGCGAAGAAAAGUCGCCAGGAGUAAGGAAGAUGCUGUCGGAUGCUUUGGAGGAGCUCCUCCUGAAAGACCAGGGCGAUGAACUGGUGUUGGCUGUGGCUGAACACGCUUCCGUCAUGAUGAACAGUCAGGAGUCCACAAAGACAAGAGCUGGUUUAGAUAUAUCAGAAACGCUAGUAGCUGGCCUUAAAGAGAACAACUCUUUAACGAAAAAUCUUCUCCCAAACGUACUCGUACAGAUAGUAAAAACUUUCGAAAUUGACAGCGAUACGGCCUUCGAAAUAGCUACUAAACAUUUCAUGGAAAAAAUCGAGCUCUUUGAGGCGAAAGAGUUAGAAAAACUAACAGAAAACUUACUAAAAACCUUAUUGGUGAAGGUAAAACAAGAUGGCGCACAGCAAAACAAAAUGGCGGAGUUAGACGUCAAAAUAUUUAAAAAUACAACGAAGAUGGUCGUGGGGUUUAUUAAGAAAGUUUUAGAUUACAAAACCGAUGAAAAGGAAAAAAUCUUGAAAAUUAUCUUUAAAAUUUUCGAUGAGGAAAAUUGUGACGUAGUAAAAGUCUUUUUCGUGUUAGCUGAAAUAAAAGUUAUCUUCGAUUUGGAUAUGGAUUUAAGUAGACAUGUCUUGUCGUAUAAAGAUUUUGUUAUCCAGAACAAAUUUUUGUGUAUAGAAAUAAACACAGAAGAUUAUUUUUGUAUGGAAGUUGUAUUGAAAUUUUUGGAAGAUUAUGCUGAAGUUUUACUUGAAUUUCAGUGUGAGAAAACGCGACAGUUAAUAGCAAAACUAAUUAUAAAUAUGUCGCCAAAAUGCGUGAAACAUCUACAACGACAAUUCAAAUCCUGCCUCUCAAUUUACACUAAAUCACGAACACCGUCGCUAAUUAUCAAAGCAGCUGAGAAUUGGAGUAACGGCCUCGAUUUGAAAGAAGUAACUCAAAACAUAGAGAAUAGAGAAUUCAUAGACAACGACGCGACUAAGGUUCGCGCGCUUUCAAUCGUCACUCAAGCUGUCAAAGUGACAGAUGUCAGUUUGACAGCUGUCAACGUUUACGCGCGGCAAUGGCUGACGAUCCUUCUCGCACUUUACUCGAACGAUUACGUCACAGAUUACCUAAAGUCAAAGAUGACAUAUUUGACAGAUCUCUUGAAAGUAUCGGUCGGUGUUGCCAAAGUGGGCGAUGUAAAGAAAGUAAUUCUAGAGGGUGUCGAUCUUGAAGGGUUGCCAGGCGAGAAAAUUGGUGUGCAAUUUUGCAGGUUUUUCGUACAUGUGUUCUAUGAGGUUUUGGUUAGGAGACCUUAUGUGUUGUUGGAUGAAGAUAUGGAGAAGUGUUCUGUGCUGUUGAGUGAUAUCGUGAGGUAUACUUUGAAGAAGAAGUGCUCUGAAGAACAGUAUGGAAAUGUUUUGGAAUUGGUUGAUCAGCUCUGGCCAACCUUCGAAGCUGCAACGACAUUCAACCAGAAGUACACUCUUCUGUUGAAUCUGAACAAUUUUCCCAAAAAGCUCAGCUCGGACUCGAACCCACUACAGUGGGCAGUGAGGGUGAUAUGUUCCGACGCCAGCAGGGAAGACAAGGCGCGACUUAUCAGCGUGUUGCCUGGAGGAGACGCUUUUGCGGGUUGCUACAUACAACUUUGGUCUACCCUCCCCACUCGACUGUCAGAGAUGACUUCAUGCGCCGGCGCCUCAUUACGUGCUCUGCUUGACGCCACCGUCUCCACAGGGGGUGCGCAGUUGAUGGAUAACCUCUGCAGCUUGGCUGGGGGAGAUGAUACGAAGGGCUGGUGGGACGAGGCGAUAGAAUCCACAAUGACAAGCUUGGCUCAGAAUGCAGACAUGGGACUCUGUAAGGCUGUGUUCAACAAAUGCUGGGACGGCCUGUCUUUAGGCGUGUGUCGACGUGUGCUCCUACCUUUAUUGAGGUACUCAACCCCAUCAUUCUGCGAGCAAUUCUUCUCGGACACCCUUAACGACAUCAUGUCAAAGCUAAAAGAAUACAGAGCUGUCAACCAUUACAGUUAUCACAAGAGUAUAGUGGACUGCGCAAGAGUAUUCGCCAUACUACAACUAGCUUUUGAAAAGGUGCCACCAUCAUCGUUAGAGAGUCCCCACUCGUGUCUAUACAGACAUCGACCUACAGAGCAGUCGUGGUCGCUCGUAAGAGAGACUUGCAAGAAGGCUGUCACACUCAGAGACAAGUUGAACCUGCCGGCGGGGGCCAGCGCCCACUUGGAGAAGGAUUACAGGUUCUUCCAACAAAUGAAUUAUAACUGCGUGUGCGCAGCGAUAUGUCGCUACCGGCCGGCCGCUAAAGUGUACGAUAUGAUAUUCAGUGUCACAGUAUGGGACCGCCUGGUCGACGACAGUGACUUGGAGAUGAGGAUACGACAUCAAUGGAACCAACGGAAGAAACUAUCCCCCGUGUCCAUAGAUAUAGAGUCAUCCGUCACUGGAUUGUCACUGACUCGCACGCACACCAGCCGUACUAAGAUGUUCCUGCGCACGCUCUCUGACCACCCCUAUACGUACCUGGUGCAUGAAGAAACCAAGCCGCAGGAAACAACAACUCAAGACUUAGAACUGAAUGAGAACUUGUUAAACGACCACUCGUGCGCCGGCACUCUGACCGCCCUGCUGUGCCACGUCAGCGCGAUGCAGGACACAAAAUGGAGGGAUGCGUUGUGUGACGCUCUUUUGGCUGGCAAGAAAAAUACCAAGUGGCUGUCAGCUCAGAUAAUAUGCAAUUGUAAGGAAGAGCUGAAGCCGCACGCUAGCUCGCUCCGCUCGGCGUUGCUCGCCGUUGUCACCUCUACUGCGAUACAGAAGGACGGACGGACCAUUCUGAACGGACUACAUGUUGAUAUUCUGGAAACCCUGACCCACUGGGGCGACGACAACCCCACUGAUUCUCCACCGCUGGACAAGACGGUGGAGCUGUUAAUAACAACGUGUCUGCACUACAGACAGUACAACACACUAUACAGAACGUUGUUAGACAUUCUGUCGAAGUUUCUGGAAGUUUACUCCACUGUUGUUCGAGUGUCGUUGGAUACUUUCGAAGGGUACUUGGCAGACUCGGAAGCGACGAAAACGGUCCAGAUCCUCCAAAGGAUAGCCAAGUUAAAGAUAGACGUGGACGGGUUGCUGUCAACCCUGACGGACAAGAUAGAGAGGGGGGAGUAUCACGGGCAGUUGUACAAGAUGGCGGAACUCUUCGGGCUCGCCGCCGCAGCCCACACGGGAAGACACACAUUUAUAACUAGAUUCAGGAAGGUUCUAGACCAAACAAGGAAGACAAAUGCGGGAGAUUACAUAAAAAUGUUGUACUACGCCCAAAUCGGAUGUGCAGAGUGCUGUGAUGAACACAAUUUUAGGAUGACGACAGACCUUACCCAGAAGAUAGUCGGGCCAGAGAAAUCGAAAUGUCUGCAAAUCCUGUCAUCAUUUAUCAGCAACUCGUCGAGUUCUUACAUUGCUGAAAUGUACGAAAUUAUUGACUUUUGCGAACUUCUUGAGCAAGAUAAUGUUGGAGCAUUCGGUGUUUUGAAAGCAGGGUUGAAGGGUGAUAAAGCGAAGAUGGGCAAUGAUGUGAAGAGGCGGUUGGUGUCGCAGACAGCUGGCUAUUGUGGUCAUUCCGUAGCCAAGGUGAGGAGAGCGGCCUGUGAUGUUAUGAUAGCUGCUUACCAUGAUUUAUUCAACCCCAGUACAGAAUGUCCACCAGCCAAGAAACCAAAGACAAGCACUUCAAGGAUAACAGAGAGUAUACUAUCGAAUGAUAUUUAUGCGUGCACCAUAUUGAGGAAUUUGGCUUCUGCGAUGGGGGAUGAGCUUGUCUGUGGUAUGCUGCGCGAUGGAUUGUCGGCCUGCCUUGAUAAUGAUAUGGGUAUCAGGUUCACAGAAUGCUUCCUCCUGUCAGUCUACCUACCCUGCAUGUGCAGCGAGCCACCAGAUCUGUCUGUCUGUGUGUCGUUGAUGAUGGAGAUGCUGUUCAGCGGACUCCGGAGUCACGAGCGGUUCAGGACGAUGAAGCUCCGAGAGGAGCCUUUGGAGAUAAGCCAAACCAAUGUUGGACCUUCAAAGCUCCUGACAAUGAGCGGAUCCUACCAGGGAACAUUCAGAGGAAAUUUCAACUUGACCAAAAGAAGAAUACAGGCAAAACAGGGUUCAAACCUGAAAAAACCCGAUUCACCAGAUAUUGAUGUAGAAAUACCAAUAGAAAAUAUAUUAGCUACUUUCUUGAAGUUCGCUAAGGACACUCCCGAAGCGUCUCACACGCUAUGCAUUGAGUGUGCGCACGCGCUGCGGCCCGCGUGCGACGGCUCAGUGCUGGCUGCAAGCGUCGCCGCCAUCUUGGAUAGACCGGCCAAUCAGCUGACAGCGCUGUUAGUGCACCUGGCGCGUGUUUUCAUUGACGAUUUUUGUCGCGUUGACGGCAUAAGAACAGUAAUUAAGAAGUUGGUAAACUCCACAAGAAACACUGUCGGUGAAUUGAUAGCGACUGCGCUAAGUGAAGAAAUCAGUUUGAGGAGUGAUGGUCGCGAACAGUUUGUGCUUGGAGUCAGGAAUGAUGAUGAUGAUGAUGAUUUCAUGGGUGACGCGGAGUGCAACUUCAGUCUUGAUGAUCUGACCACAGCUUUUGGACAGCUAGCCAACUGGGAUCGUCUUACAUUAAAACAGAGGAGGAGGAUUGAGAAAUCAGCAUUGCCACCGCUCUGGGCUUCGAGAGAGGUGUUCAAGGAACAUUUGGAGAACUAUACAGUGUCAACCGGAUGGUUCAGUAAGAUGGUGUCGGCAUACCACCAGGAGGGUAGCCAGGAUGAGCUGAAGUGGCUGCGAGCGAUGGACCAGUGGCCUAGGAGACAUUUCGCUGCUUCAGCUAUAACAGAAGCCAUUGAAUGGCGAAGCGGUCGAGGCGAACAGAUUUACUUCGCCAGCGAUAUACAGCCGAGCGACUGCCUCGCCGAAUGGGCGGCAAGACUUAUGAUCAGAUCAGCAUACUUGGACUCGUUAACGCCAGACAGUGAGUCGGCACAGGCAAAUGUCAUGCUGUCUCGCUCACACGAGUUGGUUUGGUGCAAGCGAGCGAACGAGAGAGCACUAUCUUCUUUCGUCAUGGGAUGCGUUAAGAGGAAUACACCAGAUUUGUACGAAAAUGAGACUCUGUCGUGGCUCCAACAGAAAGUAUGGGCGAUGCGCAAUUUAGGAGUUGCAAGCACCGACCUGGAUAUAUUAAAGAAGGCUCUACAUACUGCUGAAACAUUCACCCCACUCUUUGUGAACAAGUCUCCGCCGGAGAGCAUUGUUGGCAUAAAUAAAAUGAUUCUCAUGUUACACAAGGAUUUAAACACACUAUCUACUGAACACUUGCAAAAUUCACUUCAAAUGAUAGAAGAUUUCGCCAAACCUGAUAGUAUGGCAAGCGACAGAACAAGUCUAAAAAGUAUAUUUGAAUUAGCCAUCUCAUUUUAUGAUGAUUUGUUGGAAAAUGAUCAAGAUUCAGACCAAAAUGACAUCUUAUCAGAUAUGUUAGAUGUCCUAAGCAGAAGUCUAGACUCAAACAUAGCUUGUGAAGGGCUUAACGCUAUAAUCCUAAACGGGCUGGACAGCUUCAACGGAGACACUCUCAGGGAAGACGUCGCUUUGAAGUUAUUAAACCAGAUCGACCGACAAGUAAACAAUUUAGAUGACUUCGCUAUCGAACAAUUGAAAGCACACAUAAACCUACUGCCGUCUCGCUCGCACGCACAAUACCCGUGGCUGCGAGAGCAGGACGGCGAUAGUGUAGUGAAGUACAAGCGAUGUUUGGAGCUGGUGUGUGAUGCUGAGCAUAGUUUGAUGAUGUACUGCGAGGAGUUAGCUGCGCAUGCUAUUUCAGAUGCUAAGCAAUGGAAGCAGAUAUUCGACAGAAUGAAACAGAAAAUAUUUGAGAACCCUUACGCUGGGUCUGAGUACCAACUGUUGUCCAGAUACAAGAAUAAGUUGUACGAAAUUUACGAUUUCGAACCAACGCAGUGCUUUAAAGAGAAGUCGGAAAAAGUCCUGAGAGAUGUCCGUAGGCAACUGCAGCCGAGGAUCCGGGAGGUGCUGCGGUUGUCUCAGCUGUGCCCGGCGCUGGCACGCUGCGAGGACUGUCCUGGGAAACUGUUGGGUUUGCGGGACAACCUCAAUGUCGUGAGGUUUGAAGAACAGGUGCAAGUGAUAACCGACUCAAUUCGUCGCCCGACAAAGUUGAAAGUCCUGCUGUCAAACGGCACGUAUCGGUAUUACCUGCACAAGAGUGGAGAGUCGUUGCGAGUGGAUGCGGCCGCGCAGGGCGUGCUGCGCUGUGCUGGCCGGCUGUGGGGCUGCGCCGGCGCACUGGUGGGGUACAAUGUAACUCCGCUAAGCGAAGACAGUGGAUUGAUCGAGUUUUUAGAAGAUUAUGAGCGUCUGCGCAACUUGGUCAGCGAGUGUUGUGAUCUAGAUGCGGUCCAGGCAAUCCCUCGGCCUCCUGAUCACCAGCUAAUACUCCAACAGACCCAAGCACUAAACCACUAUAGUCGGGUAUGCGACAGGGUGCCAAGCUACGCGCUCAGGCAAGGCAUAGCUCGGUGGAGUGUGCACCAAGAGGAUCUCUUCAUGAAGCUGAAGAGGUUCCAGCACUGUGUAGCUGCUAGUGCUGUAAUCACUUGGAUGCUAGGCCUCGGCGACCGCCACCUUCAGAACAUGCUGUUCUCGAUCCAAGAUGGCGGACUCUGCCACGUCGACUGGGCCAAUGUGUUCCAAUAUGGCUCCCACGAGAUCCCGCCGGCGAGGCUCACUGCUAACGUAUUAGCUGCGUGUAGCAUUACUGAGCUAGAAGCACAUAUGCAGCAACUUCUGACCACAUUACGAGACUCGCACAAAAUGUUCUGUGCUGUCGUUAAGAUAUAUUUCAAAUGGAUGGGUGAAUUCAACGGAAAGAUGCCGUACAUCAGCGCGAUCCUGACGGGGCGGUCGCGCUCGUGUGACGUCACCAGUGACGUCAUCAAGGAGUCCCAACUCAAAUCCCUGGAGAAACAGAAGUACAUUGACCUAUUGGACGGGGUGUUCCAGGAUUACCCCACUAAAGACAUAUAUGAUGUCGAAGACCAGAUUUCCUGCUUUCUACGUCAAUGCACGGACCCCAAAAUUUUGAGCGUUACAAGAUCGGGUUGGGAAUCCUGGGUUUAGCCUACUGCUGGGGUACACUCACGCCUGUAAUCCCAAAAGGGGUGGGCAGAGCCACAAACAAUCGACAGCAAAACUACUUAUAUUUGUUAUGUUUUGAUUAUGUUCAGCUUAACUUUGUAACCAUAUUUCCUUUUAAUAAAAAUGCUGUUUAAAUUAUGUAUGUCUUAUUAUUUUCCAGACUACGGCCACACCCUGUACAUACAUACAGGGUGUUGGUGACAUCGUAAAGACAACUUUGAGGGAUGAUUCAGACCAUGAUUCG